CUGUUCGAUUUAUUGACUCAUUCGGUGAAUGCAAAUUUUUAAGUUUUAUCAGAAAGUGCAUCAUAAAUAUUAAAAACAUGAUACCAAAAAUAAUACUAAUGUGUUCAAUAAUAUUUCUUGCAAAUGCUACCGAGGAGAAGUCAUGUGAUAAACUUUUAAAGGAAUUAGCCAACGAACAAACGCUUUUAUUAUAUUGCAUUACAACCCAUUCAGUUCCGGUGACAAUGUGCCUCAACUGCGUCGAUUAUCACAAUGAAGUAUUAAAGGCAUAUGAUUUACUGGCAGCAAAUUGUACAAGUAUGUAUUUCGAUAAGGAUCGUAUCAAUUUAGUGGCAUCUACGGAAUCCGUGCUUACAGGACUGUGGACAAAGGCGUAUUGUGAUGAUUGCUUCAACAAUAACAAUAGUUUUGCAUUUUAUGAAAAAAAUCAAAUCUUUGAGAAUUGUUUUCAUAAUAACAAAAAAGAUCCUUGCGAGAAGUGUAAAACACAAUAUAUGGAUUUGAAUACUUUCUAUAUCAAAUUAGAUCAACAUAAUAAUGGAGAAGUAUGCUAUGAUUUGCAAGAUUCUAUGAAUCGGACACGUAAUAUGUGGUCAAAAGAAUUAGAUUGUUGCCAUCGUAAUUAUAAUAUAACGUUAUUUACGAUUGCUUUGUGUAUAACAUCUUGCCUACCGCUGUUGUUUUAUGCUACCACUUAUUUCAUAACCAAACGCCAGGAACGCAAUCAUGAUGUAUUAAAUGAUGACGAUCCAAUAUACAAUUCACCAACGACAUCCACAUCUGCCCCAGCUAACAUAAACAAUCUCAACAAUCCAACUGAAUCAGUGAUCAAUAAUCGUUCUGCUUCAUCAGUCAACGCAGCCAAUAAAACCUUUUCAUCUACUUCUAAACCCUUCAAUAAAAAGAGUUUUAAUAUUUUGAAUAAUUUAGACAGUUCCGAUGAUGAAAUACAAGUUAAUGCAGCAAAUUAAUUCUAAAGAUAAAUUAAAAUAAUCAUUUUAUACACAUAUAAUUUCUUAUGAAUUACUCUUUUUAUUUUUAAUUAUUAAUAUAAAUUUUGGCGAUUUACAUUUUAUAAAAUUCUGUAUCAAAAAUAUAUGCAACUGUCAUCAUUCAUCGCA